GACUAAUGUAACACUAUGUUCGAUAACAACGCUACCUUUGAAAACAUCACAAAUUAGGUAGAUUCAUUAGUCCGAAAUUUACCAUCAAAUAGUGAUCAAAUGCCAAGCCAUUACAUGGUGUAAAUCGGUCGUUUAGUUUUUAUAGCAUAUUAUCAGUGUGUUUUUUACAUAAAUAAAAGUGUUCAUCUUACAUUUAAUAAUAACAAUAUCGCACCUAUCAUGAAAAUGGACGUGGUUUCAGAUAACAAUGUUCCUGCAUACAACUGUUUUUCACAAAAUCAAAACCAUCGUCGGAAAGAAAACAAUAAUAAUAUGGAAGAAGAAGCGUCGACAGAUGAUGAAGAUCAUAUAAAAGGGACAAAACUUGUUCGUGAAAAUUUUAUGAAAUAUAAAAAUGGUUUUGCGUUAAAUUCAGAAAAUUUUGAUCAUUGUGCAAUGAGGACAGGUUCUGAUCAGCAUGUUAUUUUACGUAGUAUGUCAUUAAAUAAUGCUUUAGACGAUGUGACCGAUUUGUGCGAAGUGUGUAAUUAUCGUGAAAAAAUGGGCCGAAAUCGCCGGCGGCCUAAUCAAAAAACACCGCGAAAAUUUCAAAAACACGAAAUUAUGGCUAUAUUUUAUUUAGGGUCGAUUGAUUUUAUCGGAUUUUGUUCUAUGUCCGUUAUGGCUCCAUUUUUCCCUAGCGAGGCUGAAAAAAAAGGGAUGGAUGUGGCGAAUGCUGGAUAUGUUUUUAGUUUUUACGCAUUGAUUAUGUUUCUUACAGCACCUUUUUUUGGUAAAAUUAUGCCAUAUGUUGGAACCAAAUUCAUGUUUAUAUCUGGAGUAUUCAUUACAGGAGCAUGUAACAUUUUAUUCGGAAUGUUGCCAUAUAUUCAGAGCAAUACUCAAUUCGCAAUAUUCUGUUUCGUUGUUCGAGGUUUUGAGGCGAUAGGUGCAGGAGCUUUUUCAACAGCAAGUUUUAUAUACGUGAUUCAUCUUUUUCCGGAUAAUGUUAGCUCCGUGUUGGGUGUAAUGGAAACUUUCGCUGGAUUGGGUAUGAGUAUAGGACCGGCUUUCGGAGGAUUCAUGUAUGCUUUUGGCGGGUUUUCUCUUCCAUUUUAUUGUUUGGGAUUAUUUAUGUUAUUGAUGAUGCCACUAUAUUUUCAUUAUUUACCAGCUCUCAACAGUAAUCGACCAGCCAGACAUCCAGGAUCGUUUUUUAAAUUGGUGAAAAUACCAGCUAUAUUGGUUAUAUUUCUUGUAAUCGUUGUUAGUUCGAAUGCUUGGUCAUUCUUGGAUCCAACUCUUGAACCACAUUUACGUAAACUAAAUUUGAGUAGCCAGCAAACAGGUUUUGUGUUUUUAAUAUUUUCCGCAGUUUACGGAGUAUUCAGCCCCAUAUGGGGAAUCGUCGGAGACAAAUUCAAUAACCAUUGGAGUAUGAUGGCUAUUGGUCUCAUUGGAACAGCUGCCAGUCUCGUAUUUUUAGGACCUGCCCCAAUGAUUAAUAUUGAAAGCUCAAUAUUGGUUGACUUGGCCGCAUUAUGUUUACUCAGCAUAUCUGUUUCGUUGUCCUUGGCUCCUACUUUUAAAGCACUUCUGGAGAGUGCAUUUGCCAAAGGUUACCAAGAUAGUAUAGCAACUUACAGCAUUGUGGCGGGAAUAUGGUCUUGCGGAUAUUCACUUGGAGAUAUGACGGGUCCUACGCUUGGCGGAGUUCUUUUAGAAUAUUUCGAUUAUCCAACUUGUACCACAACCAUGGCUAUAUUGGCAUUAUCUAUUGCCUCCGUCUGUCUGUUAUUUUUUGGAAUAUUCGAUGAUUAUCCGAAGAAAACGGAACGUCCAGUACUACACCCAAUGCUAAUCAAGGAUAAAAUCGCGUAUUAUGGCGCAUUGAGUAGCAGUAGUGGUGCUGUGAAUAUUACGGUAACAAAUUCUGGUGCCUGUGAAGUCUAAUUCGAGUUUUUUAAAUACUUUUUUUAUAAUUUUUAAGGAAAAUAAUGAUUUAUAUGAAAAAAUUUAUCUUAAAUGUUUGUAUGUUUUUUUAAAGCAGAAAUAAAUAAAAAAUUCAAGUUUUGUA